AUGAAUGCUCCAUCCAGCGCCGAGCCCUUCUCGACACAGGGCCUGCACAAGAACAUCUCAGAAUACAUCAGCAAAAAUGAAGAGCACCUGGCUGACAUCUGCAAGAAGAUUCAUGAUGAUCCAGAGUUGAACUAUCGCGAGUUCCACGCGCAUGACAAUAUCUGCGAUUUGUUAGAAAGGUUCGGGUACCAUGUCAAGCGACACACUUAUGGCCUCGAACCUUCCUUCGAGGCGGAAACAGGGUAUGGAGGGCGCCUAGUUGUGUUCAACGCGGAAGACGAUGCUCUUCCGGGCAUCGGACAUGCCUGCGGACAUAACCUGAUCGCCACCAGUUCUAUCGCAGCAUUCAUUGCGACAGCUGAGGCACUCCGGGAUAGUGGCCGAGAUGGACGAGUUCGGCUGCUGGGAACACCAGCCGAAGAGGGUGGUGGCGGGAAAGUGCGUCUCAUCCGAGCAGGUGCAUAUGAAGGGGUCGAUGCUUGCUUGAUGGCCCACCCUAUGGGCUGUAUGCCAUUGAAUAUAGAUGGUGUCGCUGCCAGCAAGUCGCUUGCGCGUCGACAAGUCCAGGUCACGUUUAAAGGUCAGAAUGCUCAUGCUGGAGUCAUUCCCUGGAAUGGGAAGAAUGCGCUCGACGCCGUCGUCGCAUCGUACGUCAACAUCUCGUUGCUACGGCAGCAGCUCGCUCCCACCGUCCGUGUGCAUGGUGUCAUUCGACAAGGAGGAGCAGAGCCCAAUAUCAUCCCCGACUCGGCCAGCCUCGAGUAUUUUCUGCGGGGCUCAACUUUCGCCGAGGUCAAGCAGCUUUCGGAAAAAGCGAAAGCCUGCUUCGAGGCUGGGGCACUGGCAACUGGAUGUCAGGUUGAUUGUGCUUGGCAACUGGACAAUGACUACAAAGACAUGUGCCCGAGCCUUGCCAUCGCGCGAGAAUUCACAAAACAUAUGCGUGGCUUUGGUCGCGAGUAUGUAGAGGAUGCGGGUGACCGUGUCAUGGGAGGUUCGACGGACAUGGGUAAUGUCAGUUAUGAAGUGCCUGGUUUGCAUUGUGUCUUUACCAUUGGUACAGAUGACGCAGAGGUUCAACCACAUACCCCGGCGUUUGCAGCGGCAGCAGGGUCCAGGCCAGCCUUCGAGCGUGCUCUUGACUGCGCGAAGGGCAUGGCCGCAACGGCCUAUGGUCUGCUUACCCAGUCCGAGCUAAUGGAAGAGGUCUGGAAGAACUUCAGGGAACAAAUGAAGCCAGACUUGAAGCUGUGA